AUCUUUCUUCGCUUUUUCUUCCGUCGACGGAGUUCUUUGCUGGAUGGUCGACCACUAACGUGGAGCUGUUGCCCUUUCCACGACCCUGACAUGGCCGACUUGCUGCACAGACUGCCUCGGCUACUCCUCGUCGCUGUGCUGCUUCUCAUCGUUGUCUUCUUUCACGUGUGUUUCGUCGGCAAGCUCCCUGUCGCGGCUCGCAAAAGGAGAUCUUUCCAGAACGACGACAGGAUGGAUCGACGACUGACCAACGGCAGACCGGCAGGCACGACAACAGGAGCGAGCAAUCGACAAUGCACUGCGGGGUCUGUGGCGAAGCAAGCGUACGACCCGAUGUUGUAUGCUCACCUACCUUCGCAUGAGAUUCCUCUGCCGCCGUCGGAUGACGAGGGGGAAGCCGUUAGGUCAUUGACUGUGACGUUGGGAAGUGGUUCCACGCAGGAUUGGGCGGCGACUCAGUCCUACGCUGGCAGGCGGGCGGAGACCCCGUGGUCUUACACUUCACUGCUGAACGAGGGGUUGUGCGACGAUGAUGGCAAUGCAGCAGUCGAUCUUAGCUUCCAGUUGUCGAGCAGCAGCGGAGUAGUGGCGACACAUACUUGCAUCAUCAAUCCCCACCCAGAUGGGGAUUGCGCAGAGCAGACGAUGGUUGGUCCGUAUGGGGCGGGAGAAGGGGGCCUACCUCAAUCGCUUCGCGAGGGCGGCGGGAAUCGAAAUGUGUCCUCGAGGCAUGGCAGAGGAGGAGUCGGCGAGGAUCAACGUCCGGAAUGGAUGCGCUUGUCAUCUGCGCCGCGAAGCGGAUCCACGACUCCGUGUGGACGACAACGACAGGAGGACGCGUCCGUGGUAGUUGCGCACGUGGAACACAACGACAGGCAGCUGUGGGCGAAGUGCAGGCAGGGCUUGCGUCAAGCUGGAACGGACACAAUAACGAGAGGGGUGCAAGGGCUCCGCGUCGACGAAGGCAACAAUGCGGCUGUUCAGGAGCCCCUCGACUUCGACGACGUUAACGAUGACGACGAUUGCAACGCUGACGAUUUGUCUGAGAUUAGGCCGCUUGGGAGGAAGGUGAGGAAUGGCGGUGCGAGUGCGAAGAAGGGUUUCACUCAGAGAAAUCGGAGGAACAAGAAAAUGGACAACGACGCAGGCGGGAGCGAUGGCGAGGACGCUCAAAAUUUCGGUCCGUCGGAGAUACUAUCGCACUCGUGAGGGCGAAAAGGGAUCAAGAUCUGUAUUUCGGAGGCAUGGGGAACAAUUUCGGCCACAUGA